AUGGCUGGUUUUGAUUGUUUGAAUGGUGCGGUUAUAGUCUUAAUAAUAUUUGCUUCCGGGGUAACAAAUGGGUACAAGUUCGAUGUGGGAGGGGAAGAAGGAUGGGUUGUUAACCAUUCCGAUGAUAAUUAUUACAACAAUUGGGCUCAAAAACUGAGAUUUCAAGUUUACGACACUCUCUUUUUCAAGUACAAGAAAGGGGAGGACUCUGUUUUAAUGGUGACGAAAGGAGACUAUGAUAACUGCAACAUAGACAAUCCUAUAUACAAGAUGGACGGUGGAGAUUCCUAUUUCACUUUCGAUCGUUACGGUCCUUUCUACUUCAUCUCCGGCAGCCAAGAUUGCAACUGCAUCAAGGGUCAGAAGCUCAUCGCCGUCGUCUUGGCUCCGCGUCCGCCGCCUCCCCCACCAUCUACUACUAAUUCAUCAUCAUCUUCUUCUCCACCGCCGCCACCGCCAUUGAGCGUUUCACCAUCGCCUUCCCCGAAGAACUCUGACGACGGCGAUUCUAAUAACUCCACGGCGAAUAAAUCUCGGGCGAUGACGGUUCAUUUUAAGGUUUCGUUUGAUUUGGUUAGGAGAUGA